AGAGAGAGAGAGAGAGAGAGAGAGAGAGAGAGAGUGAGACAAUGGUUCUCCUCCGGUUCCCCAGGCUGGCUCUGGCCCUGCUGGCCCUUCUGGCCCUUCUGCCCCUCCCCUCGCUGGGCUGCCCUUCCAGCUGUCGCUGCUACAGCCUCACUGUGGAGUGUGGAUCUCUGGGAGUCAAAGAGAUCCCACAGGGGAUCCCUGCCUUCACUCAGACCAUCUUCCUCCAGGACAAUGCCAUUGUCCAGAUCCGUCUGCAGGACCUGUCCAGGCUGGGCUUUCUUCACUACCUGUACUUCCAGAACAACAGCAUCUCAGCCGUGGAGCACGGGGCCUUCCUCAGCCAGGGCCAGCUGCUGGAGCUGGCCCUCAAUGGGAACCUCAUCCACCUGGUCACAGCAGACAUGUUCAGGGGCCUGGAGCACCUCCGGAUCCUCUACCUGGCUGGGAACCAGAUCACGCAGCUUCAGGACCACACCUUCAGAGGCCUGCAGCGUCUGCAGGAGUUGCACCUGCAGGAGAACAGCAUCGAGGUGCUGGAGGACGAGGCUAUGUCUGGUCUGUCCUCCCUGGCCCUCCUGGACCUGAGCAGGAACCGCCUCCGCACCCUGGGCCCCGCCUCCCUCAGACCCCUGGUCAGCCUGCAGGUGCUGCGUGUCACAGAGAACCCGUGGCGCUGUGACUGUGCCCUGGCUUGGCUGCGUACUUGGAUUAACGAGGAGGGCCAGCGUCUGCUAAGCUCGGCCGAGCGACGCCUGCUCUGCGCGGAGCCGCCUCGCCUCUCCCACCUCAGCCUGGUGGAGGUGGCUGCCAACAGCCUGGUGUGCAUCCCCCCUGUGGUGCAGCUGGAGCCCAGCCAUCUGACCGUGAGGCUGGGGGAGAGCCUGCGGGUUUCCUGUCAGGCCUCGGGCUACCCCCAGCCCCAGGUCACCUGGAGGAAGGCCGCCCACAGCAAGGCCCAGCUUUCCCCCCGAGGCCUGUUGCAGGAGCAAGGGCCUGAGGCAGACUUGUUUCGGUUUGGGGCCGGGGGGCUGGGCGGAGAGCGGGACAGCUUUGACCCAGAUACGGGCAGCGGGAUGUUGUUCCUUAGCAACGUAACAGUGGCACAUGCCGGCCGCUAUGAGUGCGAGGCUUGGAACCCUGGGGGAGUGGCCAGGGUGACCUUUCACCUGGCUGUCAAUAUGUCCUCCUCGUCUUCCUACUCUGCCUUCUGGCCUCGUCUGCACUCAUCCCCUCCCUCUUCCUCCAUCUACCACCCAGAGGUUGUGGAUGUGAGCCAGGAGCCUCUAUAUGAGCUAGAAAGCAUGGACUUCAAUGCCUUGGGCUCAGCCACCCAGACAGCGAUCGCCAUGGGCAUCUCAUUGUUGGCGCUCACCGCUCUUCUCCUCCUCGUCAUGAUCUACACCCGCCACCAGCAGCGCAGGAAAGAGGAGGGCGGUGGCUUCUGCGGCAGCAAGGAGGAGAGCAUCCUGUAUGUCAACGACUACUCAGACGGGCCCACCACCUUCGCCCAGCUGGAGGAGUACCGCGACGAGCAGGGCCACGAGAUGUUCGUUCUUAACCGUGCUAAGCCUGUCUUGUCGCCGGAGCCAGCCUUCACCAUGCUGAGUGGCUUUGGCCACGGGGGGCUGAGGGAGGCUCUGUUGGAGCACCAGGGGCUGCAAGUGCAGACACUGAGCAGGUUAGGGGGGAUGGGGCCACGAAGGAACCCUGCAGAGGGAGGUGAGGGUCCCCCCGUAGACCCGGAGGGAAUGCUCAUCAAUCAGAGUCUGCUGUUUGACACGCAGGUUGCCUACGAGAUCCACUGUUGAGAGCUGAUUGGCUAGAGGAGGAGCAGGUGUGAGUUGUACUCGAUUGAGUUCCUGGAGAGAGAGACAUGGUGCCAAGUGUUUCAAUGUGUUAUCCAGCCCUGAGGCAGGAUGGAGGUCUCAUGCUGGACUGG